UUUACGGUGAAGGUAGUCAAAUCAAACAAAUCGGCUGAUAGUGCAUAAUGUGGCUAUAGGCGUUUCGAAAUUUAUAUAUAUAUAUAGAUUUUUUUUUUGUAACAUACAUAUGUCCCUGUGUGAAUGCAUGCAAAUAAAUAUAUUUAAAAAUUGUGAUUUUGUUAGGUCUUUGUGUGCAUAAAAUUUAUUCUAUUGUUCGGUCUGAUAUUUUGUGUUCAGUGAAAUGAAACGCUUGAUUUUGCUAGCCCUUUGCGUUACGCUGGUGAACUUGAGUGCAUUGGUGCGUGCCGAGGGCCAAGGUCGUUAUUCCAUUGUUGGUCCCGGUACUUUGCACCCAGACAACAAAUACACCAUUGGUGCAGUUGUUUAUCAGAAUGAAGAGCCAGUCACAUUGAAGGUUGGCUUAGAGGGACCUAAUUUCGAAAAAUUCGAGACAAUUGAACUCCAGCCGGAUGAGUCAAGAUUAGUGGAAUUCGAUGUACCAGCAUUAGAAGAUGGCAAAUAUAAUCUCACGGCUGAGGGGGUAUCGGGAUUAAUUUUCAAAAACACAACAAGACUUAAUUUCGAGAAAUUUCAUGCAAUCACAAAAAUUCAGACUGAUAAGGGUAAAUAUAAGCCCGGAGACAAGGUAAAUUUCCGUGUACUUUUCUUAGACGAGAAUUUAAAACCAGCUAAAGCGGAGAAGGAUGCAGUUAUAUGGUUUGAGGAUGGUAAACGUAACAUCGUAAAAGAGUGCAAAAAUAUCGAACUUAAAAAUGGCGUAUUUACGGGUGAAUUUCAAAUAUCCGAGUUCGCAGUGCGUGGCUUUUGGCGUUUAAUUGUCAAAAAUGGUCGGCCUUACAACGAAGAGGUCUAUUUCGAAGUUGACAAAUAUGUUCUACCGAAAUACGAGAUAAAACUCGAUGCUACGGAUGCUGUGUCCGUGCGUGAUGGCGAUGUUAAUAUCGUAGUGAGAGCAAAUUAUACUUUUGGCAAGCCUGUGGAAGGUAAAGUUACCGCAGUACUCGGCUACAGCGAGUACUAUUCGCAAACUGGUGAUGAGAAGAUAAAGAGCGCACCUACCCUCAUUAAGAGUGCCGACAUGGUCAAUGGCAAGGCAAAACUGGUGAUCAACGUAAAAGACUUCAAAGAUCACUUGACAAGCGACCUGUACGCCACAUCGUUGGUCAUCACUUCAACGCUGGAAGAAGCCAACACUGGCGUGAAACUUAAUGCAACCAAACAUAUAAGCGUAUUUCCGUACCGUUAUAGUAUAUCUUGUGUAAGCUAUGACAGCUGUUACACAUAUCAUGCAGAUAAGGAGUCGGAAGUGUUGAUUCAAGUGAAUUUGGUCGACGGUACAGUCGUGACAGAUACGAAUCCAAUUGAAAUUACAUUCCUGGAAAAAUUAUCAGAGAGAAUGUUUUGGCGAAGGAAAGAAAAUCAAGAAGAGACGACAACGCCAAAGCCUACAAUUGAGGGGAAAUCGUAUACCUUCAAUAGCCAAUUGAAUGGUACUGGUUUUGCUAAAUUCACGGUUAAGUUGGCUCACCUGGAUGAAAUUGAAGACUAUCAACAUUAUUAUGAAGCAACUGUUAAGUAUCUAGAUGAGACACGUUCUGUUUCUAACACCUUCCAAUACCGCGAGCCAAAGAAUGUAGUACCACAGCCUGAAGAAAAGGAGCCAACGGAAUGGUUUAAGCUGUCGGUCAAUUAUGCACCGAAUACAUACUUGUUUAAUUCUUCGCAGAUCAUAACAAUCACUGUAAACUCGAGCGAACCGCUGUCAUACUUCAUUUAUGAUGUAGUCGGUCGUGGUAAUAUUUUAGAGCAUCAGCGUGUCGUUUUGCCUGAAAAUACUAAAAUUUACAACAUCACACUUCCAUACAAGUUCGCUUACGCACCCUAUGCACGCAUUUACGCUUAUUACGUUGAUAAUGACGGUGAAUUCCAUUAUGCUGAGUCAUCGUUCUCUGCAGAGACAGAAUUACAAAACAAGAUUGAAGUAGCCGCACCCAGUGAAGUUAAACCAGGCGAUAUCGUGCCUCUACAUAUUCGUACUGCUCCACACUCAUUUGUCGGUCUCGUAGCUAUUGAUCAGAGUGUACUGUUGCUUGCAGGUAAUAACGCUAUCACCUCCAAUGAUUUCCGUUGGCGUAUCGGUAGCUAUGAUACAAGCACUCCAUGGCUGGGGGGUAGCUCAUAUUAUCCUGGCACAGGCACCGGUGUGGUUACGUUGACCAACGCCGACUACUUCUACAAUUGGACUCAGCCGGAAUAUCGUAAGCGCAAUAAUGUCAUAAAAACAAAUAAAUUUCUGAAGCUGUCUACUGUUGCAGAAAAUGCUAUGCCAGUAAAUGCAGAAAGAGACAGAGUUUUUCACUCAGUUGGUGCUGGUGGUGGUAGUUUUAAAGCAGGUGUAGGUGUAUAUUCCACUACACCAUCUCCUGCAGCCCCGCAACAAACAGCCAACAUUCGAAAAGAUUUCCGAGAGACUUGGCUAUUUACGGAUAUAGAGGACACACAAACAGAAGAAUUUGAUUGGUCUGAGAAAAUACCAGAUACCAUUACGUCAUGGGUGCUCACAGCUUUUGCAGUAAAUCCUGAUAAGGGACUCGGUGUAAUGAAAGACUCCAUAAAGAUUAAAACAUUCCAGCCAUUUUUCAUGUCGCCACGCCUUCCUUACUCUGUAAAGCGAGGCGAGGUCAUCAACACUCAAUUAUUAGUAUUUAACUACUUGGACAAGGCUUUAGACGUCGCUGUCACGCUCGACAACACUGACGGCGAAUACGACUUUACCGACGUCUCCAACGAGAUUAUUAGCGAACCAAAGCGCGUAAAAAACAUAAGAGUGCCCGCACAAUCUUCCGCCGGCGUUUCCUUCAUGAUUCGUCCCAAAGUUAUUGGCGACGUGCUACUAAAGUAUACUGCCAUAUCACCGAUUGCUGGCGAUGCGCUACAUAAGGCGCUAAAAGUUGUGCCUGAGGGUGUGACACAGUAUGUAAAUCGCGCAUAUUUUGUGAACUUGAAAGAUGCCCUAGAAUUUAAGCAAACUUUCGAACUGGUGCUACCGCAAGAUGUCGUGCCUGACUCAGAGCACAUAGAGGUGUCUGCUGUUGGCGAUAUUUUGGGUCCACUCUUGAAUAAUUUGGAUCGCUUGGUGCGUCUGCCGACUGGCUGUGCAGAGCAAACGGCUUCCUCAUUUGUGCCGAACUAUGUGGUUUUGGAAUAUUUGAAUCACACGAACAAACUAACGCCAGCUUUACAGUCAAAAAUUCAAAGCAACCUGCUAUCCGGCUAUCAAAACAUUCUGAACUUCCGCUUAGACGAUGGUUCUUUCAGUUCUUUUGGCAGGUCGAGAAACUCAGAUCGGCCAGUUAAUGGUUCCACCUGGCUGACCGCAUACAUCGUGCGUUCACUUAAUCAGGCUAAAUCCCAAGUGAAGGUCGAUGAAAAUGUACUGAAGGACGGUCUGAAAUACUUGGUCAGCCAACAAGCAGAAAAUGGCAGCUUCUUGGAAAGCAAUGAUUUCUUCUUUAGGUCCUAUAGAGAGCCAUUGACACUUACAGCCAGUGUUUUGCUCACUUUAGUAGAGGCGGAGGAGCUCUCCAAGCCUUAUGAAGCGGAAAUCGAAAAGGGUUUCAAAUACAUUUUAGAGAAUUUGGGUGCAGAAGAGAAUCUGCAUGUUAAGGCGAUAACAGUUUAUGCGCUAAAUAAAAUCGGUAGUCCAACAGCCGCCGCCCAACUCGAAGGGCUUAGUGCACUUGCUAAGACAGCUGAUGAUCGCAAAUGGUGGUCAAAUCAAAACGAAAGCAAUUCGAAACUUUGGUGGCGCUGGAGUUCUAGUAGCGAUGUAGAGAUCACUUCCUAUGUUUUACUAACGUUGUUCGAGAGUGGCAAGGCAACUGUGGACGAUGUGCUGCCGGUUAUACGCUGGUUGGUGGCGCAACGCAAUAGCUAUGGUGGCUUUGCAUCCACACAAGACACAGUACUUGGACUCAAAGCGCUAAUGAAAUUUGCUGACCUUGCUGAAUAUGAAGCAGCUAGCAUGGGAUUAGAUGUGACUGGAAAAGGCGAAAGAGAGAAGAGAGAAACCAUUCAUUUAACUGAGGACAAUGGCUUGUUAACACAAACCAUUGAGUUGCCACAAAAAACUCUCUCGGUGGACCUGAGCGCCAAGGGUAAGGGCGCUGCUUUGGUACAAAUUGCAUACCAAUACAAUGUGUACGAGAAGGAAAAGCAGCCAGCCUUCAAAAUCGACGCUGUUGUAAACAAAGAGGCACCUGCUUUCAAAUUGGACGUGGAUGUGUGCGUACAAUACACCGGCGAAUCAGAGGCUACCAAUAUGGCGCUGCUCGAGAUCUCCUUACCUUCUGGUUAUGUGGCUGAUGAGGAGAGCUUCAAACAAAUUGAAGCGGUGCAGCGUGUUAGGCAAGUAGAAGGCAAACAGUCAAACACACUGAUCGUCGUGUAUUUUGAAAGCCUGAGUAAGGAUAACAUUGUAUGUGUGCCGAUCGAGGCGUUCAAGGUGUAUCCGGUAGCGGACCAAAAACCCGCUACGCUUGUGCUAUUUGAUUACUACGACACGGCGCAAAAAGUCACUGAGUACUAUACAGUUUCUUCGAAUAAGUGCGAUAUCUGUGCUGAUGAUGAAGAGUGUAAGGCGUGUGCGGCUGCAGUGUAAAUACAUAUUUUAUUUGUAAAGUUGUGUGGAUGAAAUUUCCUAAAAACUGUUUUGUAAAUAAUUUCAAAAAUACGAUUAUGGAGUACAAUGGCAAUGAUAACGAUUUUAGAAAAGGUUGAACAGAUUUGUAAAUUAAAUAAAGUAGAUUAUAAACACAA